CGUUUAAUUUUUUCUGUUUUUCGUUCUAAACCCUAACUCUAGUGUAACCGAAGAAACCCUAACUCUUCGUUUUUCACGGUAAAAAGAAAAAUUCAGGAAGGAUCGACGGAUCCCUCGGAUUUAUCAGACGCAAAAGGUCGAAUUCGGAUGGGAGAUUGUUGUUUUCUGUAAAUAUAUUUAACGAUUGGAAGUGGGAGCUUCUAUUUUAUGUCGGUUUUGGUUCAGGUAUGUGUUCCUGUAGCUUCUAACUGGUUUAACAAUUCAUUUUCGUUACGAUAACUGUUCAGAUCUUGGUAAGAAUUGGGUAUUGAUCGGUUUGCAUGUGUUUUAGGAUUUCAUUUCGGGGUUUAUCUGAUCAUUUUGUUGUAAUUUCACCACCAGAUCUGAUGCUGGAGGUCGAAAUAAAGAAACAUGUAUGAACAUGUAUGAUGGAAGAUGAAAAUUGGGGAUAUCAGUUUUUCUUUUGUCGAUUGAGUGUUUGUAGAUGGAAAAGAGCUUGGAAAAGCCUGAUCUCUCUGGAAUUUCAAAGAAACCGAUAUCUUUGGAUCUUCAAAGCCUCUAUGUUGAGAAGUCCAAGGGUUCGAUUCGUAAGGGAGAGGCAGAAGAUAAGGUCGUAAAGAGGAAAAGGAAGUCUCCUUCAGAGAACGGGGAGUCAGGUUUGGGGCAAGGGAAGAAGAAAAGGAAUAGGAAGCAGGUUUCUCUUAGUAGUUUUGAACCGGCUAACAAGAAGAGUAAAAAGAGUUUAAUUGCUGUAGGUGGUAGUUGUUUGAAUUUGGGAUCAUCCGCAUUCAACAAUCCAGCAUUGAAGUUAAGCCGAUUUGUUUUACACCAAAAGACUCAGGGAAAGAAGAAGAAUGGCCAUGCUCCUGGGGAUGGGAAGUUGCAAAAUUUUAGUGGUUUAAGUGUUAUUUCUGACAGUUUGGAUGAUAACAUCCCAAAGCGUCCUCGAGGUUUAUCGAGGCGAAAGAAGUUCCAGAGUAAUCACAUCCCAGAGCAGGUGGGGAUUUCCACUAGCAAAGUCAGCUCUGCUGCUCAGAUAAUUAAGUUAACCAGUGAUUCUGUCACCUCAAAAACUUCUUCUGAAGGUAAAGAGAAGAAGGUUCCUGAUGAUUUUAAGGAGAAUAGUUCCAGUAGUGCUAAACCAACUCGACGUUUGAAGGCUGAUGAUGGUGGCUCGGUCAGACAUAGUGGUGAUCCAACCUUAAAAAAUGUUAAUAGGAACAAAGGAAAGAGGCGGGAAUCUACAUCCAAGAAGCAAAACCCAGCUGAUGUUAUUGAGCAGUUGGUUAGUAAAUCUGCCAAGGCCUGUGGAGAAUUGCAAGAAGACGAUGAGGAGAAUCUUGAACAGAAUGCUGCAAGGAUGCUGUCAUCUCGAUUUGAUCCCAGCUGUACUGGGUUUACUGAAAACAACAAAGCCUCGCCAAGUUCUCAAUCUAUGAAUGGGCCAUCUCUUGUCCCCUUGUUUUGUCAGGGGAUGGAUAAUUCUUCUGGUUUUGAGUCCACCUCUGCUGAUGCUGCCGGCAGAGUGUUGCGGCCAAGGAAACAACACAAAGAGAAAAGCAGUCUUGUGAGGAAGAGGCGCCACUUCUAUGAGAUAUUCUCUGGGGAUUUGGAUGCUUACUGGGUUCUUAACAGGAGGAUCCAAGUAUUUUGGCCUUUGGACCAGAGUUGGUAUUUUGGCCUAGUUACUAAUUAUGAUCCUGAAAGGAAUUUGCAUCAUGUCAAAUAUGAUGACCGCGACGAGGAAUGGAUUAACCUCCACAACGAAAGAUUCAAACUCUUGUUACUUCCAAGUGAAGUUCCUGGUAAGUUUGGUCCAGAAAAAUCUGAGCAGGGUUGUAAAAAGGUGGAAGAUCAAGAUGACGGCGUUAACAUUGGGGAUAGUAACUGUACAGCUAGUUUUAUGGACUCGGAACCCAUCAUCACAUGGUUGGCUAGAUCUACACAUCGAGUCAAGUCUUCACCGCUUGGUAGUAUGAAGAAACAGAAAACAUCUUGUCAGGCUGAGAAAUCUGUGAAACCCAUAUUUUCUGAUGAUUAUCCGCCGGAAAGAUGCUUGGGUGUGAAUUCAGCUGGAACUGAUGCAUCACUAGGUAAAUCUGUGUUGUUGGAAGGUAGGUCAGUUCAAGGAGAGGUUACUGAAAAAUCUACAACAGCGAGCACCUCAUACCCCAAUGGCAGAAAGCCACCCUUUGUUUAUUUCAGGAGGCGUUUUCAUAAGAGAGGGCAGGGAUUGGGUAAUCACUCUGAGGAGAGUUCAGGAUGCAAAAGUUUACCUGGAUCUGUUUCGUUUCUUGCCUCAGUUGAUGGGGUGGGGACUUUAGAAGAAUAUGAUGUUACUCUCCAGGGAUCUGGUCCCAAAGCUUUGACAAACUUGGAUGGAGAGACUUUGCUGUGGUCCAGUGAGAAUUCUGGGUUGUUCAAGUCAACCUUUCAGCUGAUGAAAUUAAAACAAGGGAAAUUGAAGUUUAACUUUCCACUUCAUCAGUUUGUAUAUAACCAUGUAUAUAAUGCUGAAUUGUUUUGGCUUUAUCGUGCUCUAUUGUUCCUUCAGUUUGGUAAGGUGGUGGCUGUGUGGCCAAAGGUUCAUCUGGAGAUUCUUUUUGUUGAUAAUGUUGUUGGGUUAAGAUUUAUGUUGUUUGAAGGAUGCUUGAUUCAGGCAGUAGCUUUUUUGUGUUUGGUUCUUAGGGCAUUUCAUCAACCUGAUGAACAUGGAAAGUUGGUGGAUCUACAGUUGCCAGUUACUUCAAUCAGGUUUAAACUGUCUGGAUUUCGGGACAUUGGAAAGCAGUUUGUCUUCGUGGUGUACAACUUUUUAGAGAUGAAAAAUUCAAUGUGGUUGUACUUAGAUUGUAAACUAAAGAAGCAUUGUUCUGUCACCAAGCAGCUACCUCUUGCUGAAUGCACAUAUGAUAAUAUUAAGUUGCUUCAAAGCGGCUGCGAUUGUUUAGUUCCUCUUGUUACUGAGGAGCCUAUAAUGCGCAGGGGUUUACGCAGAAAAUCUAGCCAGGGAAUUGUGCACAUGGGAGUAUCCAAAGAAUCAGUUUAUAUUGAUACGAACAGUUCAUCUUCAAGUUUCAAUGAGAAGCAUUGGAGACUUCCUCCCUUUGUUCUUUCUUUUGCUGCUGCACCUUCCUUCUUUCUGAGCCUGCAUCUGAAGCUGCUUAUGGAUAAUAAUGUUGCUUCUAUGAGCUUUCAGAACCACAAUUCGGUGUCUCUACUAGAAUGUCCAGAAAACUGUGGCAGAGUGAUGGAUGUUGACUGCCCUCCUGUUGUGGAUUUACCUAACCAUGUCCCAGAAGGUACCCUUGAAAAUGCUUUGGGGGUUGCUUUGAGAGAUGGUGCUGGUUCUCCAUGGCUGUCUUGUGCCAAACCUAAGGAAGAGACUGACACUCUCUUUAUAAGCAAUGGAGGUGAUUGGAUAAAGUCCUCUCAGAAAUACCUUGAUAGUGAGCUUAAUGCAACUGGAACUUCUGUAGGUCCCCAAGGUUCAGGGAAGGAGAUUGAUCGCAUUGGCCUACCUCAAAGGCCUACAUGCCAACAUUCAGUUUCAAAGCAGUCUGUGGGGAAGUCAUGGCCCUCUGUUUCUGACAAUCAUUCUUCUCCAGGCAGGUCCGAAACUGGGUACUUUUCUUGUUUGAAUGGUGUUAGUGUUCAGAUUCCACCUCAUAGCCAAGGUGACAGUCAGUCUUGUGAUGUGGAAACACCAAAUAGCCAGCAGUCUACAUUUGAUUUACCUUGGAACAUGAAUGACUUUAACAUCCAUAGCCCAAACCCUACUGCACCCAGAAGUGUGUGGCAUCGGAAUAGACAUAGUGUGGGUUCUUCAUCAUUUAAGCGGUCAAAAAUAUGGAUGGAUGAUGGGGCUCAUUUUAUCCAUAAUGACUUUGGGAAUGGUUCUCGAAAACCAAAAACUCAGAUCUCUCAUGUCUCACCAUUUGGGGGUUAUGAUUUCAGCUCAAAGCCCAGAAGCCACCUCCGGAAAGCACGUUCUCACCAAAGAAUCAGGAAUGAUGAUGAAAAGAUGGCGACAUAUGGUUCUGGAAGUCCUCAGAGGCACACAGAGUUGUUAUCAUGUGAAGCAAAUCUCCUGAUUACUGCUGGGGACAGGGGUUGGAGAGAAUGUGGGGCUCAGCUCAUGCUAGAAUUUGUUGAUCAUAAGGACUGGAGACUCGUGGUAAAAGUUUCUGGUGCUAUGAAGUAUUCGUUUAAGGCACAUCAGUUUCUGCAGCCUGGAACCACAAAUCGUUAUACUCAUGCUAUGAUGUGGAAAGGAGGAAAAGAUUGGACAUUGGAAUUUUCUGACAGGAGCCAGUGGACCCUUUUCAGGGAGAUGCAUGAAGAGUGUUACAAUCGGAAUAUUCGAGCUGCUACUGUUAAGAAUAUUCCAAUCCCUGGGGUUCACUUAAUUGAGGAGAGUGAUCAUCAUCUAAUGCAAACACCAUUUGUUCGCAGUUCGCCGAAGUAUUUUCGACAGGUUGAGAAUGAAGUAGAAAUGGCCUUGAAUCCAUCAUGUGUUCUAUAUGACAUGGAUAGUGAAGAUGAUGACUGGAUAUCAAGAUUUCAUGCAUCUUCGGAUAUUGAUGGAAAUAACCUGCUGAUGAUUUCUGAGGAGAUGUUUGAGAGGACAAUGGACAUGUUUGAGAAAGUUGCAUAUUCUAAGCAGCGUGAUGACUUCACUAGUGAUGAAAUAGAGGAGCUUAUGGUUGGAGUAGGUCCGAAUAGUGUAAUUAAGGCAAUUCAUAAACAUUGGCUGCAGAAAAGACAGAGGAAUGGAAUGCCUUUGAUCCGGCAAUUCCAGCCUCCGUUGUGGGAAAGGUACCACCGACAAGUGAGAGAGUGGGAGUUGGCAGUUAACCAAGGCAACAACUUCCCCAAUGGAUGCAAGGAGAAGGCUAAAGUUGAGAAGCCACCUAUGUUUGCUUUUUGUUUGAAACCACGGGGCUUGGAGGUGCUUAACAAGGGCCCCAAACAUAGGUCACAGAGGAAGUGUGCAGCCAGUGGGCACAGCAAUGCUUUCUCAAGAGAUCAGGAUGGUGUCCAGGUUUUUGGAAGAAAAUUAAAUGGGUAUGUGCUUGGGGAGGAGCGAUCUUUAGUUAUUGGUCAUAGCCAUGAAUCAGAUGCUGCCACUUGGCUCCAGACGUCAACAAGGGUAUUAUCACCACGAGAUGCAGUUAGUACAGGUUAUCUGUCGAUGAGCAGUGAUGGUGCUGAGAGGAAUCAUUAUCCAAAACUAAAUAGAAACAAGUCAAAGAAGGUUGGAACAUUUUUAUUCCCCAAUGAUUCAAAAAUGGUGGCGGUGCCAUACAACCAGAGAUUGACAAGCAGGAGAAAUGGGGCCUGCCGUUGGAAUAUGGGCUUACCUGAGUGGCCCAGCCAGAGACAAUACCCACCAGAAGGUUCCCAUAGGCAGAGAGCUGAACAGUUGGGUUGUUCAGAUCUUGAUGAGUUUAGGUUGAGGGAUGCAUCAGGUGCGGCUCAGCAUGCAUCCAACAUGGCAAAACUGAAGCGGGAAAAAGCUCAAAGAUUGCUUUACAGGGCAGAUCUUGCUAUUCACAAGGCUGUGGUUGCCCUUAUGACUGCCGAGGCCAUAAAAGCAUCUGAGGAGGAAUGCACAGAAGAUGGGUAGAAGUCCCAAAUGAAUCUGCGAUAACGUAGGUUUCAAAAGGCCACUUGAAAGCCUACGAAGGCUUAUCAACUGUUCAAAAGACAGACGCAUAUCCAUGGAGAUUGGCAUUGACCUUGCUUGCGAUUAUCUCGCAUGGGUGGUAGCGGCUGGUGAAUCGAGGAUAAAGUUUGACAUGGUGACCGCAGGAUGGAAGUCAUCGUUAGGACAGUUUUGGUGCUCGUCUGACUGGUUUACAUCUUGACAGUUUGGAGGGAGGUAAAAGGGGGGUUGGGUUGUUUGUAGAAAUCUGGUUGCUGAUCUUAUGUACAGAAU